GCAUGCGUUAAAACCUUUCUUUUCUUCUCUUCGCUAUAAAAGUGUGUCACUGUUGUGUCUAACAGCAUUCAAAAAUUCGUCCAAAUGAGUGGAUCCGCAUCCCUAACCGGCGCUUUGGUGAAAUUUUACAAUGAAUACAACGAAAAGACAAGUCAAAAAACGAAACUGAUCGAUGCUUACCUCAUGUACAUAAUGUUCACUGGAAUUUUUCAAUUCUGCUAUUGUCUACUUGUUGGCACCUUUCCUUUCAACUCGUUUUUAUCUGGCUUUAUAUCAUGUGUAGGAUCCUUUGUGUUGGCUGUCUGCCUGAGAAUCCAAACCAAUUCAGCAAAUGGAAAUGAUUUCAAAGGAAUCACCGAAAGAUCCUUUGCAGACUUCAUCUUUGCCAGCAUCGUGUUGCAUCUUGUUGUCAUGAACUUCAUUGGCUGGCGUGUAUGAACUUUGACAAAAUUGUAUUUGAUGCAAACAAUGUGAUGAAAAAAUUAAAUGUAGGUAAUGAAA